ACUUCUUUGAAAUCCUUCCUUUGUUUGAAUAAAACCAAAACAAAAAUAAUUGAGGGGUCACCGUCAUGAGAAUGUGGUUGAAAAGUAAAACUAGCCAUCAUCAAUGAAUAUACAAAAGAGCAAUUUAUCACACCUUAUUAUGAAAGACCUACCAACAUCAUUUGCCAGACCCGACCCGAACCGACCCGACCCGACCCGACCCGGCCCUCCGUUUCUCCAGCUGAAAGUGUACAUUUCUGACCGUUGAGAUUCGAGCCAACAAAGUGUUUCAGCUACUUCAGGGUAAGGGACCAGGGGUAGGGAGGUCUUAAAGUAACUUGUAUGUGUUUCUUGAAAGUGAGGAGUUACAGGUAGGGGACCAGGGGUAGGAAGGUCUUUGUUCGACAGAUGGACCAAACCCCACUUGGGUUGAUUGGCAUUUUGAUUUCUAGUCUGUGAUUGGUUUAUGAGGUGUGAGAGGAAUUUCUUUUUUAAGCUCAACAAAAAAUACAUAAUAUCUUGCUUGCUGUGUUAGGUAGUGGAUCUUUUGCUACUUGUAAUCUUCUGUCCACAACAACAUGAAUGUUCAAAUGGGUGAUGAUUCGGGAAAGCAACCAAGGCACCGUAAUCUAACCCUGUUGAGGAUGCUGAGGGGUAUUUUCUGUCUAAUUGUGUUAGUACUCUCUGCAUUUAUGGUGUUAGUGUAUUUUGGCUUUUGGAGUGCUACUGGCGUGCGAAUGAUUAGUGUCCAUUUUAGCAGAGCGGGAACAUCCUUCUUUUUCGGAUGUUGGUUAGCUUUGUGGCCCUUUUGGUUUGAAAAGAUUAACAAAACCAAAGUGGUUAUCUCUGGAGAUUCUGUUCCAUCUGCGAAGCGAGUCUUGGUAAUUGCAAAUCAUCGAACUGAGGUUGAUUGGAUGUACUUGUGGGAUCUUGCUUUGCGCAAGGGAUGUAUAGGCUCUCUCAGGUAUAUACUUAAGAGCAGUUUGAUGAAAUUGCCUGUGUUUGGAUGGGUUUUUCAUAUCAUGGAGUUCAUACCUGUUGAGAGAAGAUGGGAGGCUGAUGCAUUGAAGCUUCGUCAGAUGCUUUGCACCUAUAAAGAUCCUCAAGAUCCACUGUGGCUUGUUGUUUUUCCAGAAGGCACUGAUUUCACAGAACAGAAGUGCAUUCGGGGUAAAAAAUAUGCUUCUGAAAACGGAUUGCCAAUUCUGAACAAUGUACUUCUUCCAAAGACAAAGGGUUUUUAUACGUGUUUGGAGGAACUGAGAGGUUCCCUGGAUGCAGUUUAUGACAUCACAAUUGGCUACAAGCAUCGUUGUCCUUCUUUCCUGGACAAUGUUUUUGGGGUUGAUCCAGCUGAAGUUCAUAUGCACGUACGCUGUAUAGCCAUAGCGGAUAUACCAGAAUCUGAAACCGAGGCUGCUUCAUGGUUGAUGGAUACAUUCUGUGACAAGGAUAAAUUGCUAUCUAAUUUUCAUUCACAAGGUCAUUUCCCUUGCGAAGGAAUAGAAAGUGAGCUGUCUACGGCCAAGUGUUUGGCAAACUUCAUCUUUGUGAUGACAUUGACUGCAGUUUGUACCUAUUUAACGUUUUUCUCGUCCAUUUGGUUUAAGAUAUAUGUUUCUUCUGCCUCUGCAUUCUUGACAACAGCUACAUACUUCAAUUUUCGGCCUUCACCCAUUGUAUCUUUAUAAAUGUAGUAAUUGCCUUUUAUAGUGAGCCUUAAUUUAGUAGGACUUAUCCUGUGAUGUUGUGUUGAA